ACACCUCUUGAAGCAUUUAUUGCUGAAUUAAAAUUCGCCGUGAACGUGACCACCUCGAAAAAGCCCGUGAAUAUAUCGAAAUCAGGCCAGAGCAGUCGUAAUUCAGGGAGAGGAUCAUCUCUGGAGCUCAAUAUUUUGGGUAUAUCCGUGAUUUUUAUAUGAAUUGAAUCAAGAGAUGACUUUAUCGAUGUUGAGUGCAUUUUUACUGGUGAUUGUCAUUUCAACGGGAUCUGCUGCACCAAGAUCUGUAAAAAUUGGAGCAAUCUUCCAUGAAGAAGAACAUGCCAACUACUUGGCCUUUAACAGAGCUCUCAAUGAAGUUGAGAGAGACAUUCUUCUAGCGAGCUAUCGACUUGAACCGAUUAUCAUAUGGGUAAAUCGCAGCACAGAUAGCUUCAAGACAUAUCUUGCUGCUUGCAGUCUCAUUGAACAAGGGGUAAUAGCGAUAUUCGGCCCUGGGAAUCCGUUCACAAGCAAUAUUGUUUCCAGUAUCACCUCGAGAUAUGAUAUUCCUCACAUUGAAUACGUAUUCAAACGAGUCGAGGACUCCUCCAUUUACAAUACAACAAUCAACAUAUAUCCAGACGCGGAAAUCAUCGGCGAGGCCCUCGCAGAUAUUUUUGACAGUACGCGUUGGACCCAGUUUACGGUGCUGUAUGAAACAAACGAUGGACUAUCACGAUUACAAAAAUUAUUGGAGAAACAUGGGCCAAAGGACUUUCCCGUAACGAUACGCCAAUUGAAUCCAAUUUAUGAUAAACUGACAAAUGAAUCCGAUUAUCGACCGUUAUUAAAGGAAAUAGCUAAUUCAUCGGAUUUUAAUAUUCUUCUUGAUGUUAGUCCCACUAAUAUAAAGAGAGUAAUCGAUCACGCCCGUCAAGUGAAUCUUCUUGAAGAAUACUAUCACUACCUGAUAACUGAUUUGCAUUCCCCCACUGGCAUGAUGGCGGAAAUUCUCAAUAAAUCGGAUUCGAAUGUGACAGUUCUUCAAUUAUUAACAGAUGAAAUUACUGAUUAUGAUUUGACAACGGUGCAAAGCGCGAUAAUUUUUGACGGAGUUUUCAUUUUUAAUGAAGCUCUGAAGCUGUUCAGAAAGCAAAUGAAGAUCGAUGAAGACGAAGCAUUGAAUAUUGAACCGGAAUCCUAUACCUGUAACAAUACUGGAAAAUAUGCUGCUGGUCUGAAUAUAGUGUCUCUCAUGCGGAGGAUCACGACAGAUGAUGAAAGUCUGAGUGGGCCAGUGAUGUUUCGUGAGCGCGGGGGUAGAUCCUUCAAACUGCGAUUAAAAGAAUUUUAUAGUGAAAGCAUAGCUACAACUGGUUACUGGGACGAUGGAGAAAUGACGAUUAUUGGGACUCAGGAAGAUCGUGAGGCACAGGCCCAGCAAAGUAUUGAAAAGCGAAAGUUCACAGUUACCACGAGAUUGGGCGAACCUUAUAUAAUGGAAGUAACAGACGGAUCUCUGAGGGGAACGGCAUUUAAAGGGACGAAUAAACUUUACGAGGGCUAUGCCAUAGACCUCAUCGAAGAGCUGGCUCAAUUACUCAAAUUCACCUACACUUUUGAGCUCGUCCCGGGUAACAAACAUGGAACUGAAGAUGCGGAGACUAGACAGUGGGAUGGUCUUAUCGGUCGUCUUUUACGACGUGAAGCAGACCUGGCAAUAUGUGAUCUAACGAUAACAAAAGCACGAGAAAGUGCUGUUGACUUUACCAUGCCCUUCAUGGAUCUUGGAAUUAGUAUUUUAUUUACUAAAUCAGAAAUUAAGCAGCCGGGACUCUGGUCAUUCCUCUUGCCGUUCUCAGCAGAUGUUUAUAUUUACCUGGCUACAGCUUGGGUGUCUGUAUCGCUUGUGUUUUUCUUGCAGGCAAGAAUGGCACCUGAAGAGUGGGUUGCUGAUCAACCAUCGAAUUCUGAACCCGAAGAACUUGAGAAUAGUUUUGAUUUAGCGAAUUCUCUGUGGCUGACCACACCAUCACUGGUACAGGCGGGUUCAGAUAUACUUCCGAGGGCCGAUUCGACUCGUUUGGCAGCAUCUAUGUGGUGGUUCUUCAUCCUAAUAAUGGUGUCUUCUUGGACGGCUAACCUAGCUGCCUGCCUCACAGCGACGAAAAAGGAUGUGUCUAUCAGUAGUGUCAAUGACCUGGCUGGUCAAACAAAAAUCAAGUAUGGGGCGAUAAGGGAUGGUUCAACAGCUGGAUUUUUCAAGGGUGCGAAUACAACAACUUAUAAAAAAAUGUGGUCAGCAAUGAAUGAGGCAAAACCAAGUGUCUUCACUUCCACAAAUGAAGAAGGUGUUGAAAGAGUCGAUAAGGGAAAAAAAACUUAUGCUUUCCUGAUGGAAUCCACUGGUAUUGAAUACGCGAUAGAACGGAAUUGCAAUUUGAUGAAAGUCGGUGAUCUGCUUGAUAGCAAAGGAUAUGGAAUUGCUUUGCCACCCAAUUCCCCGUACCGCACUCGUUUCAGCGAAGGUAUUCUCCGGCUUCAGGAAAGGGGUGUCUUACGUUUAUUGAAAGAUAAGUGGUGGUUGCAGGGUAGUAAAAACUGUACUGCCAAUCAACCCCUACCGACGUCUGGUGAGCUGACUAUGGCUCACGUUGGGGGUGUUUACUACGUGUUCGGUGGUGGUCUUCUCCUGGCUUUUAUUUUCGCAAUCGUCGAAUGCAUAUGGAAUGUGCGGAAAAUUGCGGUUGAGGAAAAAAUCACACCACUUGAAGCCUUCAUAGCCGAAUUUAAAUUCGUUGUUAAUGUCACUGUUCAUACUAAGCCCGUUAGGGUUUCAAGAUCAGCUCAUGGCAGUUGCAGUUCGACUGAAGAAUUGGCAAAUGAUGCUGUUGGGAAUCGCUCGACGGGAGGAUCAUUUCUUGAACUGAAUAUUUUAAAUAGCAUCGAUAAUAAGAAAUAAAAUUGUAACAAUAUACCUGAUUAUAGGAAAUGAAACCACAUACUAAGAGGAAUAUUAAAGAAAAAUAAUUUAUUGCUAGUGCUGAAAGAAAUCAUAAUCCACAGGCUGUGAAAGAUUUUAGGACCUUUAACUUAAAAUUUCGGGUAUUUCUGGAACUCCUUAUGGUGCUACAAUUUAAAUUCUUCUCAAAAAAUUCGAAUCCCGAAAAAACUAUCCCCAAAAUAAAUUUUAAUUUUUCAUUUUUUAAUUGAUUUCAGACAUAUUUUGAUUUUAAAUGAAAAUUUCCGAAAAAAGGAUUUAUUUUUAUUAAAUUAUUCACCACAUUCACAGUUUUUUUUUAAUAUAAAUUAAUAAUUUUCGUCUUAUUUGGGGGGGCUUGCCCCCCCCCCCCCCCACACACACGGUCUCAGACCCCGCUAGGAACGCGGCGUCCCCUGGACCCCCGCUGUUGGUCUGUCGCAGAACCCCUUUGCGUUAGUACAUUAAAAAAAGGGGGAGGGAGGUUUAGCAGGCCCGAUGAGAGAAGGGCAACGGGGAUGAUAUCCGUCCCCAGGGGAUAUUUUUUCACCCACCCAAAAAUUCUCUUACGUAAAUAGUUGUCCCAUUAUUUACAACUGCACGAUACCACUUACAAAGGAUUGAUAGGUGGCUUUUAAUGUCAAAUUAUCACUCGUUUAUUCUUCCUUGUAUGAAUUAUUUUUGUGAUGAAAAUAAAACUGAAGAAGUACUUUAAUGAAAGACCA